AUGGGAUCUAUUGGGGCAGGCAACAGCGCCAUACAGCUGCCUGUCAUCGGCAUAUCAGAUUUCACCGUUGAGGUUGGUAAGAAAGUAUUGGAGGCUGCUACUACAUUCGGUUUCCUCUACAUCGACACCAAUGGCACGGGCUUCACAGAGAGCAUAGUGGAUCGCGAAUUUGCAUUUUCGCGCCAGUUUUUUGCCCUGCCUGAAGCAGAAAAAGAGCCUUGCCGCAUUGACAACACGAAUCGUGGCUGGACAGGAAUGCAUGGCGAGAUCCUCGAUCCCAAGACACAGCGCAAAGGCGACUUCAAGCAGGCAUUUAACAUUGGGGCGUUCCUGGAUGGAAAACCACAACAGCCUCUGCCCAAAUUCCUCGAGAGCCGGAUUGAUGAGUUGGCCGAGUUUGAGAGGACAUGCAAGCAAGUCUGCGAUCGAGUCCUAGAUCUUCUGGGGCUGGGACUUGAAGUUGAAGAGCCCAACUUCUUCUCAUCACGGCACACUCAACCCAGCGGGUUCGAUGUCAGAGCUGGUGCCCACUCCGACUACGGGAGCAUCACCUUGCUGUUUCAGCGACCGUCGCAACCAGGCCUACAAAUCAGAACCCCGGAGGACGCUUGGGCACCGGUUCCCGUUAUCCCUGACGGAUAUCACUCGACGACAUUCCCGCCUGUUCUGGUCAACAUUGCGGAUUUGCUAUCAUACUGGACUAACGGGAUAUUAAAAAGCACGGUACACCGAGUCAUCUUCCCCCAGGAUGCCAGAAGGGGAGGUGAGGACCGGUACUCAAUAGCGUAUUUCUCACACCCAGGGGACGACGUCGAGUUGACACCUGUGCCAAGCAAGCUGGUAGAGCAGCACAAGCUGGACGAAGACAAGGAGGUGGGAUAUGGAGGCGGAGCUACCAGCAAACGAGCAAUGACGGCGAAAGACCAUCUUUUGUCUCGGCUGAAUGCGACGUAUGGAUUCAGAGGGGCGCAGGCCAAGGAGAUUGACAGCACUGCAUAG